GGGCCUCCGGGGCGAGGGUUGGGGAGGGUCUGUCUCCGGCCAGGUCUUUGGCCUGGGGAGGGCUGCGCCGGCCCACGGGGUCGCUCCUACAAGCUGCCCGCCUCCGCUCCGGAGACGAGGCCAGCGAGUCCGUGAUCCCGGCCGCCCCCAGUAGUGAGCCCGUGCGCAGAAGCGCCGGCUGAGACGCGGAGCCCCGCCCCGCCUGGCCGGGGCCUGCCCUUCGCAGGGCCUCCCCGUCGACCCCCGGCCAGCCCCGCUCUCCCUGCUCCCAUCCUGCAGGUCAGAAAAACAAUGCUUGGGUGGAGGGGGCCCGCGUCUGUGGUCCCAGCCACUCGGGAGGCCGAGGCGGGAGGAUCGCUUGAGCUUGGGAGGUGGAGGCUACAGUGAGCCUUGAUUGCGCCGCUGCACUCCAGCCUGGGCCACAGAGCGGAGGCCCUGUCUCUAAACAAAACAACGGUGCUUACAAAGCAAACAAGCCUGUUGCCAAAUACCAUCAACAAAAAUGAGCAGCGGUCAUCUCUAGGUGGUGGGGUUGGAGGUAAAUAAAAAAUAUUUUGACUGAGCACAGUGGCACACGGCUGUAAUCCCAGCACCCCAGGCAGGAGUUCGAGACCAGCCUGGCCAACGUGGUGAAACCCCGUCUCUACUGAAAACACAAAAAAAAGAAAAAAAAAAAAAAUAGCCAGGCGGGCGUGCUGGUGCACGCCUGUAAUCUCAGCAACUCGGGAGGCUGAGGCAGGAGAAUCACUUGAGCUUGGGCAAGGCAGAGGUUGCAGAGAGCCGAGAUCGUGCUACUGCACUCCAGCCUGGUCGACAGAGUGAGACCCUGUCUCAAAAAAAGAAAAAAAAAAAUUUUUUUUUCAUCUCUGUAAUUUGUUAAUUAUUUCGGUUAGUGUUAGUAUAUUGUUUGUAUGAAAAUACUGCUUUUGGGCCGGGGGCUGUGGCUCACGCCUGUAAUCCCAGCACUUUAGGAGUCUGAGGUGAGCGGAUCAUGAGGUUGGGAUUGAGACCAUGCUGGCUAACAUGGUGAAACCCCGCCUCUACUAAAAAUACAAAAAAUUAGCCAGGCGUGGUUGCAGGUGCCUGUAAUCCCAGUUACUUGAGAGGUUGAGGCAGGAGAAUCGCUUUCACCUGGGAGGCGGAGAGUGCAGUGAGCUGAGAUCGUGCCACUGCACUCCAGCCUGGGUGACAGUGUGAGACUCUGUCUCAGAAAAAAAAAUUGCUUUUUAUAAAAAUGAAAGCUGUAUAACAAGAACAAUAAUAAAAACAGUAAGUGUUGGUGAGGAUGUGGAGAAAUUGGAGCUCUCAUACAAUGCAUGCGCCGUGAAAAACACUUUAGCAGUUCUCAAAGAGCGAAGGGUAGAAUUACCCAGCAGUUCCGCGCAGCCACACACCCAGAGAACUAGCGGCAGGAACACCAACAGUGUGCUCAACGUGGGUUAUUCCAAAUGUUGACCACAACGAUACUCACCGCAGAGAAAAGGUGGAAACAACCCACGUGUCCAUCCAUAAAUGAAUAGAGAAACAAAUGUGAUCCCUCCAUACAAUGGACUAUGAUUUAACCUUAAAAAAGAAGGAAAUUCUGACGCACACCACGCACAGAUGGUCUGAAAACAUUAUGCUAAGUGAGAUGAGCCAGUCACAAAGGACAACGUCUGUCUGAUUCCACUUAUAAAAAAUCUAGAAUAGGCAAGUACAGAAACAGAAAGUAGGUAAGAGGGUGCCAGGGGUUGGGGGAGAGGGCAAGGCCAGGGGCUGGGGGGAGAGGGAAAGGCCAGGGGUUGGGGGAAAGGGCAAGGCCAGGGGCUGGGGAGACAGGGAAAAGGAAGUUGGUGCUUGAUGGAUAGUCUCUGGAAUGACAAAAAAGUUCUGCAAACGGAUAGUGUUGAGUCUCACAACAUGGUAAAUGUACUCAAUGCCUUUGAAGUGUACACUUAAAAAUGGUUAAAAUGGCAAAAUGUAUCACAGUUUAAAAAAUUAUGGGCCAGGCAUGGUGGCUCACACCCGUAAUCCCAGCACUUUGGGAGGCCGAGGCGGGCGGAUCACCUGAGGUCAGGAGUUCGAGACCAGCCUGGCCAACAUGGUGAAACCCUGUCUCUACUAAAAAUACAAGAAAAUUAGCCGGGUGUGAUAGUGGGUGCCUGUAAUCCCAGCUACUUGGGAGGCUGAGGCAGAAGAAUCCCUUGAACUCAAGAGGUGGAGGUUGCAGUAAGCCAAGAUCACAUCACUGCACUCUAGCCUGGGUGACAGAUCAAGACUCAGUCUCAAAAAAGAAAAAAAAAAAAAAAUAAUGUAACAUACCCAAACUAGGCUGGGCGUGGUGGCUCACGCCUGCAAUCCCAGCACUUUGGGAGGCCGGGACAGGCAGAUCACGAGGUCAGGAGUUCGAGACCAUCCUGGCUAACACGGUGAAACCCUGUCUCUACUAAAAAUACAAAAAAUUAGCCGGGCGUGGUGGCGGGCACCUGUAGUCCCAUCUAUUCGGGAGGCUGAGACAGGAGAAUGGCGUGAACCCGGGAGGCGGAGCUUGCAGUGAGCAGAGUUUGCACCUCUGCACUCCAGCCUGGGUGACAGAGCGAGACUCUGCCUCAAAAAAAAAAAAAAAAAAAAUUAGCCAGGUGUGGUGGCAUGUGUCUGUAGUCCCAGCCACUUGGGAGGCUGAGGUGGGAGCAUCGCUUGAGCCAGGGAGGUUGAGUCUGCCGUGAGCCAUGGUGGUGCCACUGCACUCUAGCCUGGGCCACAGAGCAAGACCCUGCCUCGAAAAAAUUUUUUUUUUAAAUUUACAGCUGUAAUUUUGGAAGCAGUGUGUGCACUGAUACCCGCUCCAAGCAUGCUCUUGGUCUAGAUGCGGCAGGAUUUCAGUUCCAGGAAGCAGCUAUUCUCUGAGCUAGAAGGCCGCUUCUCCCCAAGAGAAAGGGCAGCAAUGCUUCACCAGUUGUGUGCCUAACAGUUUUCAAUCCCACUGGGAGAGCUGCGAGGGAAGGAUGGCUCAUUCGGAAUGGACACACAGAGGCGGCCCCAGUACAGAGAGAGGCUCUAGGCCCUGAAAUGCUGUGCUCCUCCCAGGACACACAACUCCACGUGACGGGGAUAACACGCGACACAGCUCCUGCUUCGAUGCUCCCCAGUUCCUGCCCUGAUGCUCCCCAGUUCUUGCCUGGUUGCUCCCCUGGCUCCUGGCCCGGAUGCUCCUCAGCCCCUGCCUGGCUGCUCCCCCAGCUCCUACCUAGGUUCUCCCGUAUCUCCUGGCCUUAUGCUCCCCAGUUCCUGCCUUUGUGCUCCCCCAGCCCCUCCAACCCAGAGUGCUCCUUCCCUCUGGCCAGGCCCCCUUCCCGGCCCCGCCCCUUCGGGGCUCAGGCGGGAACCGAGCUGGCUUUUUCCUCCCAACCAGAGCAGCUCCCUCUGGUUCCCAGGUUGCCUGCCCUUCCAGCUGGGAACACCGGCCUUGCAGGGAGGGGUGGGGGCGCUCACCACGAGGCGGCCACACAGGGCGCGAAGGGGUCCCAAGGCCCACCCAGGAGGAGCGCCUGUCUUUCCGUUGCGGGCUGCGCGCGCUGCCCACGCUGCCACGCUUGGGGCCUGGCAGGAGGCCGCCAUCCCGGCCACGGCCGCUGGAGGGCGCCCCCGCACCGCUCCUGCCUGCCGGUUCCCGCGGGAGGGCGCCUGUGGCGGGCGCCGGAGGUUGAUCUCCUGGUUCACGCCAGGAUUGCGAACCGGCGGCCGGAGCGGGAGGCCGCAGAGCCGAGUUCAGGUCGCAGUACUGACCCACCUGGCGGCGACUUCCUGUCCCGCGGCUGCGCUGCAGCUCUCCAGGUUGGAGUGAAAAUGCAGAUACGGUCCCGUGGACUAAGUCACGGACGUUCGUUUCUCACAGCGCCGCGUGCCUGCCUGCAGGCAACCGAGCCACGCACGCCGAGGCCGCUACGCACGCCGAGGCCGCCCCACCGCCGGGGGCCUGAACGCGCGGGCCCAGACCGGCAGCGCCCUCGGAUCCUAAGACCUCUGAACCGCAGCGCAGGUGUGGGGGUCCUCAGCCCGCGCCAUCCAAGCAAGAACCGAGAGCGCGAACGCCACGCCUUCCCCCACCCUCUGCCCUGCGACCCUGGCUGGCGGUCCCUCCUGCAGCAGCUGGGCCUGGAAUUCGGGCUGCGGAAGGGGCUGCACCCACGCGGGGCUCACGCCAUGGAUGUGGGCGCUGGGAGAGUCUCCGCGCUUUCCAGCCCUGGUCCCCGGCUGUUUCCUGGUGCUGCCCAAGAAGCAGGUCCCUCGGGCCAAACCAGCCCCUGUUCUGGUGCCGGCCAGUGCCCUCAGCCUGCGGGCCUAGAGGCCAGAGUGCUGGCGGAUGGGCAGGCCCUGACCACGCUGUCCUCCCUGGGAGCUUACUGGUGAGAUGCUCAUCUGCCUCAGGGGGCCCAAUAAUGGUCACCUGACAUGAAGGGACAGAGGUGGUCUGUCCAGGGUGACGGUGACCACUGUCCUGGCAUGUGACGGAGCCCAGGCCCUGGGCAAGCGCCAUGAUGAGAGGGGCUGGCCGCCCGCUGCCGGCGGCCUGACUCAGGAAACCUCGCUCCCCUGAGCAGCCAGCUGGAGGAGAGGCAGCGGCAGUGGACCUCUGGGGACGGAUUGGAGGGGUGGCCCUGCGGCCCUUGCUUGGGCAGGAGGGACGCUGCAGCAGCUGCUGGAGCUCCCGGGCAGGGGCUGUCCCUCGGUCAGCUGGGUCACAGAGCAGCCGGCGCCUGCGUCAUUCUCAGCCUGCCCGAGGGGGAGGCUUCCGCUCCAGGUGGGUGACCCGGGGCCCUUGCUAUCAUCCCCACAAUGUUUCCUCUUUCCUCUCCGCCUCCUCCAGCCUCCCUGGGCAGCCUCCUCUCUUUCUCUGCUGGAGCCUUCCAGCUUCCGGAGGCCUCCUUGUGAGAGCAAUAAAAUGCCUUUGAAAGGAGGCUGGGAUGUCCAAAGGGUCACAGGGCUGGGGGCUGAGAAGCCUAGAUAGAGGUGGCUGGGUAGGAGACACAGGCCUUGGCGUGCUUUCAGGGGACACACAACAGGGACAGUCCCCACUGACUUUCCUCCCACUCCACCUCCACUAACUCACCUCUCUCUUGUCAACACGGGGGGUCUCCUGUCCUGGAACAUUCAGGGAAAGAGGUGCGUCUGAACCCCGCCUGGGGAGACAGAUGCCCUCAGGCUGUCCUCUUGGCUCUGCUCCCCUCUUCCCUCCUGUUCACGGCUCCCAGCCACCCCGAUGGGGCCUGUUUAAUUGAUUCAAUUUGUUCAACAGUAAAAACACUCCACAGAUGUCAGCCUCCCAGCACCCCACCCCUGGGGAGCCGCAGACACCUGCCAAGGCUCUGGGGCUGGGAGUCCUUCUAUGGGCCACUAACACCAGGAUCUGGGGGAGGCCUCUGGGCCUGGGAGCUCGUGUGGGUGCCCCGCUCACCAGAGCAGACCAGCCACUUCAGCCCAGGGACUGCUCCUUCAAUGGCACCAGUGACGUUCUGAACAGUGACCUGAUGCAAAUAUGUCAUUCUGAAGGGUUUAAUGUUUUUAGACUCCCAGGUCUGGGAGGAUGACCUUGGAGAUGACCUCCAUUUUGGUCAAGCUACCAUCCCAGGCCCAGGCCACUGUCAGGGUCCCACCUUUUUCAACCACCUGGGCUUGGGGGAUUUUCUAGGUAAUCAGUGCUGGGAGGCGGACUGAGGGCUCCCAGGGUCCUGAUCCUGUCCCCUGCAGGGGAGAGGCCCCUCGCCUACAGAUUGGGAGCCCUGCCUCCACAGCUUCAGCGCGGUGACCCGUCCUACUCCCAGGGAUGUGUGUGGCCACAGCUGCGCUGGGAGAUGCUCUCAGGUGUUGUCUAAGGGAAGACGUGGGCCUGGAGGUCAGGAGACCCAGGCUGAACCCCUGACGCCCCUGCCCAGACCACAGCCCUCUCUCCCUGUGAAGGUCUCUGGUCCCUGGGGCCACCACUUUCCACCCCAGAGGGAGUCCCCUGCGAUUGAUUGGUUGGUUGAGUGACUGAAGAGGGGGACGGUUUAGGGAGCAUUUGCAUAGCUGGCCAGGCUGUGGCUGUGGGGGCCUCUGCCCACCCCCAUCCAGCCCCACCUUGGACAAAGACGCCCCAGCCGUGAUUAGGAGAAAACUCACCCUGAAAACGGUCUCAGGUUAGAGUUACCAGGACACCUGCCUCUCCAGCUUGGGGGUCUCUCACGUGCCCCUCUCAGGCAAGAUCGGGCCUAUCAUUGGCUUAGGUUUUAGGAAGGUCCCAAAUUCAUUCGCCAAGGGCUGAGCUUCUCCAUAACUCCCAGGACACAGGGAGAAGACGAGGGGAGGGAAACUGAGGGACGGAGAUGAAAGAGCUCGUCCCAGCGAAGGACCGGCGCUUCAGGCGCUGGGCCCAGGCGGCAGUGAACAAGCUGGGGGUGGGGCGUCGGGCCGCGCCCCCGCCCUCCAGAACCCCAGCGCGGACCCCGGCUCCGGGGCGGGGGCGCUCGCAGUCGCGCGAACCCGGAGCUGCGGAGAGAACAAAAGGGGCCCCGCCCCCUCCUCGGGCAGGCCCACUGCGGCCAAUCGGCGCGGCCGCUAUCGUCUCCGCUCUCUGAUUGGCUGUGCGACGGCCAAUCGGGUGAGGGGGCCGCCAGCCCGUGCGGCCCCACGUGGGGCGGUGCGCGCUGCUGUUAGCGGACCGCAGCGGGCGGGGCGCGUGGUUCGGUCGCGCGCUGCGCGCCUCGGGGACGCGAUUCGCGCCACCCCCAGCCGUCCCUGCCAUCCCGAGGCCCCCAGCGAGCGGCGCCGUGGCUUCGGGCGCGCGAGGCUCGGGGCCAUCGCCGGGUGCUGUGCGGUUCCCGGCUCGGAGGCGCUGGGCCAGCGUCGCGGCUGCCCCCUGCCCAUACGGGAGGGAAGCGAGCGGCGCUCAGGGACCAGGAGCGAAGGCAUUGCCACCUGGCGAGGCGGGGAGGCCAAGACAGGGUAUUUGAGGAGAGUUGAAUAAAUGGAAAAUACGUGAAUUAAAGGAGAGCUGUGCAGUACCCAGGGCCAGCAACAAAGGGGAGCUGUUACCCCCUGAGACCUAGAGGGCAGCUGGAGCCAUAGGAGAGGCCGUCUCCAGGAGCCGUGACCUUGGAGAGGGACACAGCGACCCGGCAGGGAGGAGCUGCUGCUGUACACUGACCUCACCCCUCCUGACUGCUUGGCUUGUCUGCCGGCUACGCAUUGGCUGAACUAGGUGGAGGCCAGGGAGCAAGGAGGCCCCGUGGAUCCUGUACCUACAGUCAGCUUCCCAGGGCACAGAGCAGGGGCUGGGGUGGGGCAAUGGGAAGGUGUCCAGCACCGGUUUUGAAGUGUGAAUAAAAGCAUCGUAGAAAA